UUUCAUUUUUGUUUUCGGUCGAUUUCGGAAUGUUUCGAUUCCGUUUUCGUAAUGCCGCUGCGGCUGUUGGCAGAUUUCCGAAGGCUUAUCCUUCGGAUACUAUGGUGGCCGUUCGGAAGAACCUCCGGUGGAUGUUUUUCCGGGUUGAAAUUAUCCUGUUUGAAACGGAAUUUCGAUUGGUUUCUGUGGUUUCAGGGCCGAAAACAAUCGGAGCGGCAAAAUUGGAAACAAGGACUUGUUAAGACACCUUCAAUCAUGCUGCUGUGGAUGCGCGGGAAGCUGGACAUGGCGCUGCAGUUUUUAAAUUAUCUCCCAUUUACAGGCAAGUUACAGGACCACGGCCGACGGAUAGAUUUCCAAGUCCCUCGAACAUGGAGAAAGCUGCGCAAAGUAACACCUCCCCAAAUCCCGCGGUCGUAUUUUUUCGGCCCAAUCUUCAACGGGAAUCACCAGUCGGACCAGCCAGCAGCUGGAGUGGCUUUCGGAAGUUUAUUGACCGGCCCACGGAGAAUGCGAAACUUUGUCAACGAUAUCAAGACCCUUCUCAGUUAUAGUGAACCCGUGUUUAAUGUGUUUGUGAAUAAAAAAGAAUUUAAGAACUAAAAUUGUAUCUUUUUACUAU